AUGCUGCCUGUCCGGCAGGGAAUCAAAUGCUUGCUCGAGCCAGCGGUAGGAACUGCUCUUCUGUCUCAACACUUGCGCUCACUGCAGAAAAUUCGCUACUGCUGCCGUCGAAUACGGAGCGAAAUGUCUCACGACGUUCUGAACCAAGGCCACACGCCCGCUGAGCCUGUGACUUUCUAUUCGCAGCAUAAGGCCGUUUCGCGCAGACAGUGCUUCUCACUUUCUGUGGCGAUUUGUAGACCCCUCCAGAGUCGACCGCAGGGUGCCGGCCAGCUUCCUGCUGUCUCCACUGAGACAGACACAGAUGUCUCCCCACCUCGUUUGCGGGUGUCUCCAGUUUGUCUUCGUGAAUUCCUUUCCACCCCGCCCGAUACUAUCUCCUACCGUAUAUCUGGGCGAGGUCCGUUUUCCCGUUGCCGCGGGUGGGGUGUCUGCCCCCGCGUUUCAAUCGCGCUCACGUUGGCCUCCCCGCUUCGCUGCGCUCGAUCGCCUCUAUUUCCAUUUCUGUUCACCAAUAAGGAAGGCCUCUGCUCGGUGACAGGGCUGCCAAGGCGCUGUGAGGCUUUGCCGCCACUCAGGACAAUGUGCUUAGCUACCAAGCAAGGCAGCCUCAGAGACCGUUCUACUGCUCCCCGCAAUCGACGGUUCCCUCCAUUCUUACCAGCAGAUCCAGUUUGUUGUGAACAUUCUUCAAACGCGAAUCGUGUCCUGAGAUCAGCGACCUUGGCGAGUAGCGAGGAGGCGACGGAGAGCCGAGACCGCAUCACAGAGGCGAAACGAUCCCCUGAGGCUGCACGCUCGCUCACGUGCCGAAGUCUUGCGUUUCCGUCUCACGAUCCGCCAUGUGUGAAGGGGAACCUGCACACGACAGAACGCUCUGAUUCUACCCGGAAAUUCCGCAACCUUUUUUCCUUGGUGUCUUUCACAUCGACAUCUUCCCAGUGGCCACGAAUUCUGGUGGGAAGCCAGGGGAACUCUUCCGUCUCGCGGCUCUGGAUGUCUUCGUCUUCUCGACCUUCUCCGGCUCUGAGAGCGUCGUCCGCCUCAGAGGAGACGGACUUGGUUGGAGAGGCAACCAUAUGCAGAGAUGUCCUCACACCUCGCGGCAUUUUGGUUCUAAAGACUUCUUCAGGAACCGGGAAAGCGGACGCAGGAAGUCUUCCAGGCGGCCCUUGGAUUUUCAGCAACCAGGUGGCUUCCUGUUCUCUUCACGCUUCUCUGGAGAUGUCUAGCAGACGAGGCCCGACGCGUCACGGUGUGUUGCCGCCUUCAUCACCAGAUGGGAUGGGAGACGAAGCGCGCCCGAGCGAGAAGAGACCAGAGAGCACCCUGGUCCGCGUCCAAGAUGAAAGAGGCAUUUCCUACGGAGUCGCUUACUACAACCGUCACGCACUGAUUGCGGCGCGCGUCCUCUCUGAGGAUGCGGGCGAAGCCAUAGACGAUAGCUUCUUUCGCAGGAGGUUUCGAACGGCUCUCGAGAGUAGACUUGCUUUCUCUCGGUCUUUUUCCUGGAACAUGCGCAAAGCCAAGAACCGCGACACUGCGACCACUCAUCAGAGCCUGUGCGACAACCGCGCGGAGGCGGCAGAGUCCGGGGACAAUUUUUUCCGCCUGGUGAAUGGAGAAGGAGACGGGCUGCCCGGCCUCGUUGUAGACCUUUACGGCAAAUACGCAUGCAUCCAAUCCCUCACCCGCGGAAUGGACUCUCUCAUGCCGCUGGUAACCUCAGCCCUACGCGGUCUACUCGACCUUCGAGGCAUCCUCGUUCGCAGAGACAAGCCAGACCGUGCUCUCGAAUUCCCCGAUUCUCCCACCAAGUUCGGCGCUAGUGGCGCAUCCUCUCCGGCGUGGAUCUCCGAGCCGGAAGUCGCUGCAGGUGAUAUCCCACGCGAGGUGGUGCUCACAGAAAAUGGCUGCGUAUUUGCCGUAGAUUUAAGGCAGCAACUGGAGACAGGCUGGCGCUUUGACCGCAGAGACUUCCGCAGACAAGUUGCGUUGCUCAGCAGAGGCAAGCAGGUUCUCGACCUCUUUGGUCACUCUGCAGCGUGUGGCAUCACUUGCAUGCACCUGGGAAAAGCGGAGCGGUGUGUCGUUGUGGAGAGCAACGAACGGUCAGCACAGUUGGCUCUCCAGAGCAUGCAGCUUAAUGGAAUCGGCGACAAGCUCGAAAUUCACCAAGAGGACGUGGACAAGUGGAUAAAAAAUUACGCGGACCAUCUUGAUAACGAUAGAGAUCCCUGCUACUUUGACGUUGUCAUUCUCGACCCUCCAAAUCUUGCACCGCGCAAAAGCGACGUGCCUGGAGCCCGGAUCUCUUUUCAACGGCUAGUCGAAGCUGCUGCCCGUCUCACAGCCCCGGGCGGCUUUCUCGCGAUAACAAAUAGCAGCCGACAUUACUCUCAUGGGACGUUCCUCGCGGAUGUUUCUGCCGCAUGCGCGAGCGCUGGAUGUUCUGCGACAUUGUGCGCGGAAGGCGGAGAGGGGUUCGACUUCCCUGUGGACGUGAGGCUGCCACGAUCUCCUGAGCUGCAGUGGGCAGUUUUGGAGCUCUCUGGCCGGUAG